AUGGCUAGGGAAACCUUGACACUCGUAAGCCGCAGCCUCAAGAGGGCGGUGAACAAAAUCAACCUAGUUCUACUCAGCUUCAAAUUAAACCGAUUGCGCUUGGCUUCGAUCCUCGGUUGCUGCUCUUCUCGAGCUUCUACGAGGCAUUGUUUGAGCUUCAAUGACCGGUUGGGGCUGUACAGCUGCAUUGAAGAUGAAAAUACUAGUACUGAUGGGAAUCAACGCAGUUUGAGAAGGGUUCAAAGCACAAGGACCCGUGAUCCUCCGAAGGAUCAGUCUUUGGAUGAUCACAAUGGUGAUGAUGGUGAUGUCGAUCGCAGGGCUGAUGUUUUCAUAGCGAAUUUUCACCGGCAGCUGAUGUUUGAGAGACAAGUUUCUUUGCAGCUAAGGUACUGCAGACGGGAUAAUUUUUAG